AUGGACAAAGAAAACGGUGAUGCUUCAUCCAAACCAGCUGACCUGAAAAUAUCCAACAUAUCAGUUCAGGUGAUCAGUGUCCCAGGGAAGCUGCCAGGGAGACACCCACCACGAAAGCCGGUUGGCAAAGCCAAACCCAACAAGCCAGCCAAGAAGAGAGCGCCUUUUUGGAAUGUCCAAAAUAAAAUCAUUCUCUUCACAGUAUUUUUAUUUGUCCUAGCAGUCAUAGCCUGGACACUUCUGUGGCUGUACAUCAGUAAGACAGAAAGCAAAGAUGCUUUUUAUUUUGUUGGGAUGUUUCGUAUCACCAACAUUGAGUUUCUUCCUGAGUACCGGCAGAAGGAGUCCAGGGAAUUUCUCUCCGUGGCGGGGACCGUCCAGCAAGUGGUAAACUUUGUUUACACAACAUCUGCCUUCUCCAAAUUUUAUAAGCAGUCUGUGGUUGCAGAUGUCAGCAGCAACAACAAAGGUGGCCUCCUUGUCCACUUUUGGGUUGURUUUGUCAUGCCUCAUGCCAAGGGCCACAUCUUCUGUGAGGACUGUGUGGCAGCCAUCUUGAAGGACUCCAUCCAGACGAGCAUUAUAAACCGAACUUCUGUGGGGAGCUUGCAGGGGCUGGCUGUGGACAUGGACUCUGUGGUACUAAAUGCUGGGCUUCGGUCAGAUUAUUCUUCAACCAUAGGAUCUGACAAAGGCUGCUCUCAGGACUUGUAUGCAGAUCAUCUGUCUCUCCGCUACCCUCUGGAGAUUUCUGCCACCUCAGGGAGGCUCAUGUGUCAUUUCAAACUGGUGGCCAUAGUGGGCUGUCUGAUUCGUCUCUCGAUUGAGUCUAUCCAACUCGAAGCUGACAACUGUGUCACCGACUCCCUGACCAUUUAUGACUCCCUCUUGCCAAUUCGGAGCACCAUCUUGUACAGAAUUUGUGAACCCACAAAAACACUGWUGUCAUUUGUUUCUACAAACAAUCUCAUGUUGGUGACACUGAAGUCUCCUUAUAUACGGAGGCUAUCAGGAAUCCGGGCGUAUUUUGAGGUCAUUCCAGAACAAAAGUGUGAAAACACAGUGUUGGUCAGAGAAACCACUGGCUUUGAAGGGAAAAUUUCAAGUCCAUACUACCCGAGCUACUAUCCUCCAAAAUGCAAGUGUACCUGGAAAUUUCAGACCCCUCUGUCAACUCUUGGCAUAGCCCUGAGAUUCCAUAACUAUUCAAUCACCAAGAAGAGUAUGAAAGGCUGCGAGCAUGGAUGGUGGGAAAUCAACGAGCACAUGUACUGUGGCACCUACAUGGAUCAUCACACGAUUUUCCGAGUGCCCAGCCCUCUGGUUCACAUUCAGUUCCAGUGCAGUUCAAGGCUUUCGGACAAGCCACUGUUGGUAGAAUAYGGCAGUUACAACAUCAGUCAACCUUGUCCUGUUGGAUCUUUUAGAUGCUCCUCUGGUUUGUGUGUCCCUCAGGCUCAGCGCUGUGAUGGAGUAAAUGACUGCUUUGAUGAAAGUGAUGAACUUUUCUGUGUGCCUGUUAAACCUGCCUGCAACACCAGCUCCUCCAGGCAGCACGGCCCUCUGGUCUGCGAUGGCUUCAAGGACUGUGAGAAUGGCCAGGAUGAGCAGAACUGCACUCGGAGCAUUCCGUGCACCAACAGAACUUUUAAGUGUGGCAAUAAUAUUUGCUUUAGGAAACAGAAUGCAAAAUGUGAUGGGAUCGUGGAUUGUUCAGAUGGAAGUGAUGAAGUCGGUUGCAGCUGUAGCAGGCGUUCGUCCACUGUCUACCGAGUCGUCGGGGGCACUGACUCCCAGGAGGGGGCUUGGCCAUGGCAGGUCAGCCUCCACUUUGUUGGAUCUGCCUACUGUGGYGCCUCCGUCAUCUCCAGGGAGUGGCUUCUCUCUGCGGCCCACUGUUUCCAUGGAAACAGGUUGUCAGACCCCACACCGUGGACGGCUCACCUUGGGAUGUAUGUGCAGGGGAAUGCCAAGUUUAUWUCCCCAUUGAGAAGGAUUGUGGUCCACGAGUACUACAACAGUCAGACCUUCGACUAUGAUAUUGCUUUGCUACAGCUCAGUGUCGCCUGGCCUGAGACCCUGAAACAGCUCAUUCAGCCAAUCUGUAUUCCUCCUGUUGGCCAGAAAGUGCGCAGUGGGGAGAAGUGCUGGGUUACCGGCUGGGGGCGAAGGCAUGAGGCAGAUAGUAAAGGCUCCCCUGUUUUGCAGCAAGCAGAGGUAGAGCUCAUUGAUCAGACUCUCUGUGUUUCCACCUACGGGAUCAUCACUUCACGGAUGCUCUGUGCAGGAGUGAUGUCUGGCAAAAGAGAUGCCUGCAAAGGAGACUCCGGUGGACCUUUAUCUUGUCGAAGACAAAGUGAUGGAAAAUGGAUUUUGACUGGCAUUGUUAGCUGGGGUCAUGGAUGUGGAAGAGCAAACUUUCCUGGAGUUUAUACAAGAGUGUCGAACUUUGUUCCCUGGAUUCAUAAAUAUGUCCCUUCUCUUUCAUAA